CUCUGCCCAGCUCAACUGUGGGCUGAGGUGUCCGCCUCCCGCGGCUGCUCCACUUGAAAUUCAGAGCCUGGUGCCUCCGCUCACACUGGUCCUCCAGCUCCUGCUCUCUCUCCACCUGCCACAGCGUCCAGUCCAUAGGGGAUCAGGCCUUUGUGGUAUCAGCAUCACCUAAGGUUGCAACAAACUGUAAAUGCUGGAACUUGAAAGCCAAGCCAUUGAAGUCCUAUUACAGAUGAGGAAAGCAGUUUGUUCCAGGGCCAUGUAGCCCUGUCCCUUUCCUUUUGACAACCCAAAGAGUGUUUAUUUCUUUUCUUCCCCGCAGAGCUCUCACUUGCUUCUCCCUCCCUCACUUAGGAUGCUCCAGACAUUGUAUGACCACUUCUGGUGGGACCGACUGUGGCUGCCUGUGAACUUAACCUGGGCUGAUCUAGAAGACAGAGAUGGACGUGUCUAUGCCAAAGCCUCCGACCUCUACAUCACACUUCCCCUGGCCUUGGUCUUUCUCGUCAUUCGAUACUUCUUUGAGCUGGGUUAGGAGUCCUCCAAGGGAGUCAGACACCUCUCUCUCCUGUCCCUUCCCCAGUUAUGUGGCUACACCCCUGGCUGCCCUCCUGAAUGUUAAGGAGAAAACUCGACUACGGGCCCCUCCCAAUGUCACCUUAGAGCAUUUCUACCUGACCAGCGGCAAGCAGCCCAAGCAGGUGGAGGUAGAGCUUUUGUCUCGGCAAAGCGGGCUCUCUAGCCGCCAGAUAGAACGCUGGUUCCGCCGGCGCCGCAACCAGGACAGGCCCAGCCUUCUCAAGAAGUUCCGAGAAGCCAGUUGGAGAUUCACAUUUUACCUAAUUGCCUUUGUUGCUGGCAUGGCGGUCAUUAUGGAUAAACCCUGGUUCUAUGACUUGAGGAAAGUUUGGGAGGGAUACCCCAUACAGAGCAUCGUCCCUUCUCAGUAUUGGUACUACAUGAUCGAACUAUCCUUCUACUGGUCCCUGCUCUUCAGCAUUGCCUCCGACGUCAAGCGGAAGGAUUUUAAGGAACAGAUCAUUCACCAUGUGGCCACCAUCAUUCUCCUCAGCUUCUCCUGGUUUGCCAAUUAUGUCCGAGCAGGGACUCUCAUCUUGGCUCUGCAUGACUCCUCUGACUACCUGCUGGAGUCUGCCAAGAUGUUUAACUACGCGGGAUGGAAGAACACCUGCAAUAACCUCUUCAUUGUCUUCGCCAUCGUUUUCAUCAUGACGCGACUGGUUAUCAUGCCCUUCUGGAUCCUCCACUGCACACUGGUAUACCCCUUGGAGCUCUACCCUGCCUUCUUUGGCUAUUACUUCUUUAAUGCCAUGAUGGCAGUGCUACAGAUGCUGCAUAUCUUCUGGGCCUACUUCAUUCUGCGCAUGGCCCACAAGUUCAUAACUGGAAAGCUGGUAGAAGAUGAACGCAGUGACCGAGAAGAAACAGAGAGCUCAGAGGGGGAGGAGGCUGCAGCUGGGGCAGGAGCAAAGAGUCGGCUCCUAGCUAAUGGCCACCCCAUCCUCAAUAACAAUCAUCCUAAGAACGACUGAACAUUGUCCUAGCUGCCUCCCACAUUAAUACAUGAAGCCAAGAAACUAGCCAACCUUCCCUGUAGGGACACCUGAGCUCCGGGGAGAAAGGGCAUAAGGAGAGGAGUCUACAUGACUCUCUUACUCUUGUCACCUAACUGUAACCAGCCUAUCUCAGGGAGAGAAGGUUGGUCGUAUCCUCUGCUAGAGAGGGGAAUGGUCUUAUUUCCCUCUCUGUUUUCCAGGCUAUCCUUUCUCUUGCUUUUUGAAAACCUUUCUCCACUCUGAGGGUUGGAGUUAAAACUCACAUUCCUUAUUCUGAAGAAUUUGGAGCUAGCUGUUUGCCUUUGACUCCCUGACUUUAAGCCAGGGUUGUGCCUUACUGUCCCAUCUCUGGGCCUCAUUCUGCCAAAGCUGGACCAAGGUUCCACCUUUCUAAGCUCCCUAGCUCGAGCCAAAAAUGAAAGCUGAGCUACUUUUAACUUUUUCUCCUUUAUAACAAGUUAACUAAGUGAAGGAGGGUAUACAUGCCCCUCACCCUACCCCAGGGACCACAGUUCCAGGAUGUCACUGCCUCCUUUCCCCUCCCUCCAGCUAAGACAAGCUGGCGUGGAGUAGAACGGCAACUAGUUCUCUUAUUUAUUGAACAUUUGGAGUUUCAGUUAUAAAGCCAGAACUACAGCUAGGACCUGGCACUAUGGCGAGGGACCAUUUCAGACCAAGAUGUACUGUAAUGGUUUUUUUUAAUUAAAGUAUAUUAAAGGUUAAAUAAAACAUGA